AUGCAGGCUAAAUCUGCUGUAUCAAGAGCCAUUUCGGAAAAUGCGAACCUAUAUGCUGACCUAGAGUACGAUAUUGACUCCAAACAGGCGCUACAGCACGUGCAAUUAGGCGUACUCCGCAAACAGUAUAGAAAACUAGCUCUAAAAUACCACCCUGAUAAGCUACAGUCAGUGAAUACAGACGAAAAUCGUUUCGUUCGCAUCCAAGACGCCUUUAAUAUCCUUUCAGACCCUAAGGCAAGGGAACAAUACAAUGUCUGGUUUGCUAAGCGCUUCAUUACGAGCGAUGAAGCCAAGCUCGGCAAUAUCCUAGAGGCACGCGAAAGAGCGGCCAAUAUCAUACAUACCUCCAAAACUGACAGUAUUGAUUUAUUAGCUCUACAAGAAUAUGGCCAGUCCCUCCGAAAGCUCCGCCACUUUGGCCUUCCAUAUGGCAAUUGGAGCGGAGGUAAAUUACAGUUAGGUCGUAUACGAAAGGAAAACCCACUAAGGGAAUCUUGCACUUUACGGGUCUAUUGCAAAAAAUCUCCCAUAACUAGCAGUCCCGUGCAAUUAAAUGAACUAUUUGAAACGUCUAAGAUCCCCGUCCAAGAACUCCGAUACUCUUCUACAAAUAACGACAACAAAAGUGAGUUGCUAGUUUACAUUACACUUCCAGAUACACACACAACACUGCAAUUGCUUACCAAUUGGGGUAACAUAAACCACCUGAACAUGCACAUAGUUGAAAUAGCCAGCUACGUUGAUACACAGUACUUCAAGUUUAAUAUUCCGGCGAAUUAA